AUGGCGGACGAGGAUCACCAUCUACCAGAGGAAGAUGACCCUGUCAAAGCGGCAGGGCGAGGCCAUCCUGAACCUGCUAGGCAGUUUGUCUGGUCUGGCGUGGCCUGGAAGCUUUGUGAAGACUUCAACCUCGACAAGGCCGAGGACCCAAAUGCCCUGCAGGAGAUCUUGAAGAUCUUAGAUGGUUCCUUUCAGUAUGACUCCAACGUGGAGAUGCCAGCAGACUUCUCUGCCUACUUCGAGCAAGUGGCUAUGACACCUCCAAGUUCCACUGCCAGCACUGCCAGAGGGCAUUCCACUUUGGUGGAGACCACCGAUCAGCUCUCGCAAGUGGCGGAACUCCCAGCUGUGGUCCAUGGUCCCGCACGCAGAACAUCUCAGCGACCUCGGAACAGAGGAAAGAGAUUCUUCGAGGUCUUCGAGAAUGGCGCCAUCGCACUCAUGCUGACAUCUUCUGGAUCCGCACUGACUGACAAGAAGAAAUGGCCCAAUUUGGCCAUCCUGGACAGCGCCACCAAAUAUCAAAUGGCAUGUCAGGACACUGCUGUCGAGAACCUCAAGGAUGCUACAGCAACCUUUUUAUUUAACAGCAGUCAGUUGAAGUCCAGAGGAGUCGCUCGUUUUGCGGACCUCAACAGAGCCAACAAGCAGGACCUCCUGGACGUGGAAGAACACGAGGAGGAGAUGACGAAGGCCCUCAAACGGCGGCGCCUUGCAGAGACUUUGGAAAAUGACGACCUGGCUGAAGCCUCAGGCACUCCUUCCUUUCCAGCUCCUGCUGAUGAACCUCCGGAAAUGGCAUCAACUGGACCAGCGAUUGCUGCUCCACCUGUUGCUCCUGAACUACCUCCAGUACCAGAACUUUCGGAGCUUGACGACAUGUCUGAUCAACCGGAGCCUUCUGGAACCAUGAACCACCAACAACAUUAUCCUUUGGACCUCAACGAGCACGACAUCGUGAACAAGCUGCUGAAAUGGCCUUCGAGACGCAAAACCUCGACCAUGCAGACCAACCCUUCCUUCGGGCUGGAUCUUCAACACGGUCACCCACUCAUUGUAGAGCUGAAGCGCAAGUUGGCUGACUUUUGGGAAGUCAAGGGCCGUGGUCCGGAGGACCCCAUGACAGAGCCUGACAAGGGCCAGCUCCGCGCGCUACUUGGAAGCCAUCAAUGGCCUGGAGUUCAGUCCCAACCUCGUCUUCAAGCAAGCUGCAGCUUGAUCAGCGGACAACAGCGUUCUGGCAAACUUCGCGCCAUCAUGGAAGCAAAUGCCUUGUCGAAGUUCGCGAAAGAGAACGCCGACGUGACAGUGAAGUACGAGCCCUUCCAGUCAGUUGCUGACCCUAGCAAAGUCCGCCUGGUGAUGGUGUUUCUCACGCUGCUCGAGAAGAUCACUCUUCUCGAUGAGGCCACUUGGCCACCUGGUGCCAUGGGGAAUCCUUUGCGACACCGGAUCAAGUUGGCGUGGGGCCCACACUACACCGCUGCCAAGAAGGAGAGCAAGGAGGAAAGAGAAGAAAGUCGACAGGAAUUCGCCGACUCAAAGAACAAGGAAAAGAAGAAGCCCACGAACAACGACCUCGUCACCUACAACCCGCAACUCAACAACACCAACAACCUAGAAAGCGUGCAGGAAGAACCAGAUCUUGAAGAAGAACUGGCGCUUGAGGAGAUCACUGCUGAGAAGAACGCCAGUACGAGACCCAGCGCUACUUCCAUGAGAUCACCUAUGGCAACGCUGGUCUACUUUACACAGCUCAAAGCUGUCGCUGCAGAGUUCUCCGGUGGCCACAUGCCGUCGGCAGCUGUGAUGGAUGGUCAACUCCGAGUGGCUGAAGGCCGCAACAAGCGUCACUUCGACGCAGCCCUGGAUGAGCAGAACCUUCAGUUUGAUCGUCGCAUAGCUCAGCUUGAGAACGACCUCGUGAAGGCCUGGGUGCCAUGCCUAAGACUGGCAAAGGCUGUGCUGCUUUUGAUCGCCUUUGUCCCAGUGGAGAAGUUCAUGUUCCAAAGCUGGACAUUUGUGUCGAAUCGCUAG